AUGUCUAAUGAAUCCAGUGUCGGUGAAACUGGUAACGUUAAUAAGAAUAAUUCGUCAAACAAUGACGACCCUUUAGGCAUUAAUAGGUUGGCUGUCGAUUACGACUAUCUUAUGUACAAGAUAAAUGACUACGUACAGUCUAUACAGAUACAGACGCAUGAUAUAUGCCAGCAACACGAGGCAACUAUUAGGAAUGAUAUUGUUGAGGGUAUAAUUGACAAAAAUGUUGCUGAGUUUAAAAGUCUGUUAGAAAAAUGUAGUGAAUUGGAAAAUUAUUUUGAUAUGUUAGAGCAGAUAACUUUUAUAUCAGAUACCUUCAAACAACGGUUGGAUACUAUAUUCAACCAAUUAAAGACACUGAAAACAAAUGGUGGUCACACAAACGAUAUACAACCAUAA